GUAACAAAUGUCUAUAGGCAUAAAACAAAUUUACUAAAAACACCUAUUUUGUAUAGUCUUCAACUUUUUUUCUCUUUUCCCAUCAUCCAUUGUAUUUCGACUUUGUUUUCAUAAAGUUCAGUCUAGAAAACGUUCGAAAUUUUAUCGUGAAAUUCAAUUUUGACUGGAUAUACCAACUUUGCUGUAGAAUUUAAAAAAAUGGUGUAAUACGAUUUCUCCUGAAUUUGUGCAUAGCAUAGUACAACAAAACAUAGUGAAGUUUCCAAAAAAUAUUUAUACGCUCACACGAUGAAGAAAUAACCAUGAAAUAAGAAAAAAAAUGGAAAAAGAUGGAUUUAAAAUAGCAGAUUAUCGGAGUGCUGGUUUUGUUUCAAAUUGAGUUAUUUUGUGGAAAAUUUAUGUGUUUGUGACGUCAUUACGUCAGAUUCUGCCAAGGAUGAGGAAUAGUGAUGGAGUUAUCCGGACGGGAUUUAUAGUCGUUCCAACUCUCAUUCUGAUUUUAGUACAGACGCAAAACUCGGUCGGAGUAAAAUGGUUAGCAAUGCAUGAAAAAAGAUUUUCCGAGUGGAAUACAUAUCAGAACUGUUCAAAAUCAUUAGGACUAGUUAAGAAACAAGUGAAAUUAUGUAGAACUAAUUUAGAUUUAAUGAGAACAUUUUCACAUGCAGCAUAUAUAGCUAGUAAAACAUGCCAAGAACAAUUUACCGAUAGACGAUGGAAUUGUUCCUCUCUGCUCAAAGUACCAAAAUUAUCACGUGAUUUAUCUCGAGGUACACGAGAACAGUCCUACGUUUAUGCAAUAGCAUCUUCUGCAUUAGUACAUUCCAUUGCACGUGCAUGUAGUUUGGGUGUUACCACAAAAUGUAGUUGUGGAUCACUCCCUGACAAACCACCUGACGAUCAACAUAAAUGGGGAGGGUGUAGUGAUAAUGUGAGAUAUGGUGUAUAUUUAACGACGAGUUUUACAGAGGCUUCACUUACACGGAAAGGAAAACCAAAAACAUCAAAGAAAGCGGACAUGAACCGACAUAACAACGGAGCUGGAGCACAGAUAGUUUCCGAUAGUUUGAAGAUAGCGUGCAAGUGUCAUGGAGUUUCAGGAUCAUGCGCAAUAAAGACAUGCUUCCGAUCAAUGCCAAACUUUUCAGCUGUAGGGCUGAUGUUAAAAGACAAAUAUAUUGCCGCCGUUGAAGCAAAAAGAAAAAGAAAAAAAUCAAAGAAAGUUUUUGUACCAUUAUUUCCACAUAGACAAAGUGUUACAACAAACACGUUAAUUUAUUAUACAAAAUCUCCAGAUUACUGCAGUCGCGACCCCAAAACGGGGGCAGAGGGUACAGAGGGGAGAUACUGCGAUAAAGGUAGUCAAGGUUGGGGAGGCUGUGAUAUCCUUUGUUGUGGCAGAGGUUAUAAAAGUUUCACAAGAGAAAUUGUGGAAAGAUGUGAAUGUAAAUACUAUUGGUGUUGUUAUGUCAAAUGUAAAGAAUGUACCAAAACACUUCACUUAAAUGUGUGUCGAUAAAAUACCUCAAUUGUUGUUUUUAUAUUUUUUCUAUGAAUCUCGAUGGAAACUAAUAUUUGUUCAUGUAAAAAGAGAGACAACUGAACGUCUAAACUCAUUCGGCAAUCCUCGGUAGAAUCCGCUACUCUCAUUCUAUAUUUAGAUGAGGGUACGGAAUUGACCGAGUUGAGACGAAUGCGUCUGAACUGUCUAAUACAACAUGGGGAUUCCCGGAUUACUGCAUCAGUGCAUGGGAUUAACGACAGAUUUGUGCAUUAUUUUAAAUGAAUAAUGUUAUUUUGUUUUCUAUUAUGAUUUUAUUUUCUCUCAGUUAGAAGGUUCCUUUUAGAAUAAACAAAUUAUGCAAUUCGUAUAUGAUAUAAACUCAUAUUUUUCAUUUCUUUUACACGUUAUAUAGAUUUAUAGAAAAGCCACCUUACUUGUAAGUUAUAAUAAUCGCGAGUAUUGAUGUCAAAAGCAUUUGUAAUAGGCGAUACAAUCGGAUUAAAAUACUGGCCCUGUGUCCCAACUUUGCUUAAAGGAUUCGUGAAAACACUCCGUUUUAAUUUCUGAUUUUGGUAAUUAUUACAUCAGCCAAUGAAGUAAGAAUUUUCAAAUUUUCAAGCUGUGUAUUAAUUAGACAAAACGGAGGUUUGUGAAAGAUCUUUUUAACAGAAAGUAGUACCGAGCGUUUUCAAGUCAUUUUCAAGGCUUAGACACAGUAUUUGUGUCAUUUAAAAUGAGAUUGUAGGCAAUUUCACUUCUUUCAAGUUGAAUUAUCUCCCAUUGUCCAGAAAAAGUUUUACAUUGUAUGCCUUCUGUGUAUGUCUCAAACGUCUGUUAUUUAAGUGAAGUCUACAUUUUUUGCUACUCCUGGUGUCUGUUACUAAGUAGAUGUAUAGCUAAACACCGCUUGCGUUCACCCAAAUUGGGUUCGAAUAUAGCAAGUGCUGUUAAAGUUCAUCCUGGAUUUGUUAACUGAAGUCAAAGGUCAUUAUGAAUUUUAUUGAGUUAAGUCAUAAUUACUUGGUUCACUUUCGCAAUUAAUAAUCUUUCUACUUAAUCAAUGAGAUUGUAAUUGUAAAUAAGUUGGUAUGUCUGUUUAUGGUAAGUUAUUUGUUUUAGAGGGCCUCACUGCUUCCACGGGGCAUAAAGCAUUUUACAAUAUACAUUUGUUUUACAACACGUGCUGUUUGUUUUGUUUUUGUUUUGUAUAUAGAUUUUUAACAAAUUUGGCAAUGUUUACUAUUGAUGUUAUUUGUAUAUCAUGACUAUCUUUUCAUUAAAAUAUAUGUAAAUAUUUAAACAUGUCAAUAAAAUUGUUGUGAAAA